GCCGCCCCGCGCGCCAUGGCCGCCCCACCUGCCGCGAGCCCUGCUUCCCGGCACCGCGCCGCCAGGCCGAGGCGGGGCGGGGCGGGGCGGGGCGGUGGCCCCGGGGCGGCCAAUCAGGGCCCGCCGGGCGGCUUCCCGCCCAUGUGCUCGUGUUUGCGUACGUGCCGCAGCCGGCUCCCGGCAGUGGGCGGGGCUGCGGGCAGGGUCUCCCGGUGGGUCACAGCGCGGGAGGCGCGGGGUAGGGAGAGCUUCGUGCCGGGCCCCGCUGCCUCGGCCAGCCCGGAGCCCGGAGAGCCGGGCGCCCUCAGCCGAAGGGCGGCAAUGUUGAUGCUGGACUGCAGUUCAGAGUCUGGUAGUUUCAGCAAUCUGUUUGAGGCAGGAACCAGUGUGAACGCACCUGCAGAUGCCUUUGGUCAGUCUCCAGCUCACUUGGCUGCUUGUGGCGGUGAAGCUUUUUUCCUACUUUGGCAACUGCAGACAGGAGCGAAUUUGAACCAACAGGAUUGCCUUGGGGAAGCCCCGAUUCAUAAAGCAGCAAAAGUUGGGAGUUUGGAAUGUCUUGCUCUCCUUGUUGCUGGUGAUGCCAAAAUUGACUUGUGCAACAACAGCGGACAAACAGCAGCAGACCUCGCACUGGCUUAUGGGUUUCUGGAAUGUGCCAAGUUCCUCACAACAAUUCAGCACACGCAGACAAUGAAACUGAGAGGACAGUCUGGCUACUCGCUAAGUGACAAACAUGGCUUGCUGAGAGAGGAUCCAGCUGCACAGAACCAAGAAAGUGAAACCAACAGAUCCAUAAGCAGGAAGAGGAGAAGAUCGGACGCUGACAAAUGAAAAAGCUCAUAAUCCCAAAAUGAAAUCAAGGGGAAUCCAAAGUCUGAAGAAGCAUGACUGGACUGUGCAUUGAGCAGCCAGAUGCGUAUGGUGGUACACUGUCUCCUUCUGAGAAGGAGGAAAGCUCGUUAACUUUUACUUCUUACAGAAGACUGCUCUGCUGUGGGUUUUUUUUGUGUUGGUUUUUUUUUUUUUUUUUUCUUCCUAGAAUAGUUGUAUUCAUACAGCUAUAAACAGAUGAGCAUACAACAAUUCACUCACAUUUUAUUCCAUGUAAAUACGAGAACAAAGUUCAUAAAAUUCCAUACAUAUAGCCAUUUUUCUCCCACUCCCCUUCUACAAUGCUGUUAUCAACAGUACCAGCAGCAAACAAUGCCUUUGAACAGAUUCAUAGUGCACAAGACAGCUGGCUAUAUGGAACCUGAAGGUAAAAGACAGUUCAUCUUUUGGGCAAGAAAGAACUCCAUAAAAUAAAAGGACUAGGCAUAAAA